AAUUAACCUGAAGACACUGACGAUUCUCGCCUGGCUUUCAUUCGCUGCGUGCCACCUCUUCGGCGUAGUGCAUCUAUCAAACAAACCAGGUAUCUCAUGGAUCUCGAAUCUUAGCUUCUUCCACUUCCGGCCAUAUCAAUUAUUUCUAAUCCAAAAUUAUUCCCUGUUUAAACUAUUUCCGGAUCUGAAAGCAAUUACUAAAAGGGUAGGUAAGUGGAAUCGUGAUAACAAUGGAAGGUGCAGUCUCAUUGCUUGUCUCCUCUCCGCCUACAUGGAUCUCGAAGAAAAGGUCUGUGGAGGAGACUAAUCAGGAUGAUAUUAUUGUGGAUGUACAAAAUCUAUUUAUCUCAAAUUCAAAUGACAGUGGAGGUGGCUGUAAUGGUGUUUCUGGUUCGCCUUUUGUUAGUAGGACAAUACACGGUGGAAGAUGUUGCCGUGUAGAGAAAUAUCCUCUUCCAUAUCUCAUGGAAGAAAAAAAUAUUGCAUUAUAUGAAAGGAUUGUUGCUCUCAGCAAAAUGUCUCUUUCUUUUUACGAGAAAAAUCAUCCAGGAGAGUCAUAUGAGUUUGACAGUCUCAAGCAUGUGAAGAGUGCACCCAUUCUUGGCAUAACAUAUUUCAUCACCUUUUUGGCAAAAAAAUUGGGGGCAGAUGGUUGUCCUUCAAGAAUGUUUAGAGCCCGAGUAAACGAGCCUAAGAGCAGUGUCAAAGUGCUGAAAUGUGAGCUGAUAAAUUAACUUGGGUAUUGCUCUCGAUUCUGUUACUGACAUACUGUUUAUGGAGUACUGUAAAUGUUUUAAUGGUUGCUAAUAGUAAAUAUAUCUAUGGGCCACUUUGAAGUGAAGAAAUGUGAGCUGUUAAACUGGCUUGGGUAUUGCUUUGUGCCUACUGCCUUUGGCUUCGCUUCUAUUAAUGAGUAAUGACAUACUUUGUACUGUUUAUGGAAAUUUAAUUAUGUUUCAAUAGUUGCUAAUCAUAAAGUUGUCUUAUCAUAUAA